UAUAGGGAAGCACAAUGUAGGGAAGCACAAUGUGUCAACGUAUGCCUUGUCAAAAUAAAUAAGUGUACAAAAAUAUCAUUCUUCAACAUGGAAUGGAAAAUAAAUAAAUAAUGUUUGACUAGGCUUGCAUAUAACAUCAAAAUGGCCCUGCUGUAAAAAUUAUAAGUAUAAGAAAUGAUAAAAGUUUAAUUAUGGAUUUAGACGAAGCAAUCACCGUUACAAAAAUAAUAGUACAAGGGGAUCCUUGUUAUCUAAUGGUUGGGUGGCAGUCUGAUUCAUUUGAAGUUUAUCUGUUCAACAAAGAAAAGCUAUGGAAGGGACGGUUUUCGCCAAAUCGACUGGUGGGUUUUAGCAAGAACUUACAUAUGUCGGAAGUUGCAUACUUUGCCAAUGUAAAAAGAAGUUUAUCCCAGGCGAGAGAAGACUAUAUUUAUGAGUUAAAGAGUGGGUUUUUCUAUUGGAAACGAAAAAUUAAAGGAUUAAUAGUGAUAGAAGGAUUUCUACCGAUGGAACUUGAUCCCACGCCCAAGCGCUCUCAUCCAGAUCUAAUAGAAGUUCUUGUAGCUUUAAACAAACAUAUGAAACAAAAAGUACAUAACCUCAAAUCUAGUUUUCAAAGUAUCAAGUCGGAUUACCAAAAGUGCUUGAGAGAUACUGAAGAAUUUUUGAACCUAAAAAUUGAAAUGGAAAAGGCACUCUGCGAUAAGUUUCUAAGUUUACUAAAUGUGAAAAGAUCGAAAGUAAACUCUUUGAAACUGAACAGAGCGUACCUGAAAGACCAAGAGAUGCUGGAUCUUCAUUAGUUGUAAAGCGAUAUGCCAACGUUGCUUGUGAUUGUGACUACAGUAAUUGUGCCUGUACUAUUUCUCAACAAGCGAUUUUAACACCACUAUGCAUUUUGAUCAAUUCAGAUCAAUCUGAGUGAGGAUCGAAGCUGAUGGAAGUAUUUGGAGCUGUUGCAAACUAUAGAAAAUGGGCAACAACCAGAAAUAGAAUCAAGCGAUAAAAUCAAACUAUCAGAAAUGUAUGGGACACAGCAUAUUUGGUGAAGUUUAAAAUGUAUGAAUUUUAUCACGAAAAGGACUUUGUAUUACGUAAGUUAAACAAAUCUUGUGAAGAAUUGAAGCUCUUUUUAAAUGACGCCAAAUAUUACAAUGUUUAAAAGGUCUUGAUUACAUUAACUGAAUUAAAAAUGCUAA